AUGAAUGCCAGACUCAAUGCCACUCGGAAACUAUUCAGACGUAACCCCACAUCAGAGAACAGGAACCUUCUUGCCUCCGUUGUCAGCCAUGCCUUGGAGGUCAAAGCCGAAGUAAGGGAUGAAAAAUGGAUGGAGUGGUGCCAAUCCCUUGAUUCUCACUCGUCCUUGGGGACAAUGUGGAAAAAGCUGCGCUCUAUUCGCAAUCAGGGUCCACCUCCACCGCCUUCCCACCCUGAUCCGCAGGCCGAGGCAGAGCGCCUUGCUGAAAAGUUCGCCAGCCGCACCAAGUCCACCAAUCUUCCUGCUGAAACAAGAGAAAAGCUACAGAACCUCCACCCCAGGCGACUACUCACCAUCAACGCAGCCUGCACAGAAGACGCUCCCACAGACACACCAUUCACACGACAAGAGCUCCAGAAUGCUCUCAAGACAGGAGGAGACACAUCCCCGGGUGCGGACGGAAUUACUCAUUCCAUGGUCCGCCACGCAGGUUCCGAUGGUCACCGGGCAUUGCUGACACUCUUCAAUGCCUCACUCCAGGAAGGGAAGCUUCCCUCUACCUGGAAAGAAGCUACCAUCAUCCCCAUCCCGAAACCAAAGGAAGCUGGCGCCUACCGCCCCAUCUCCCUUCUGUCCUGUGUGUCCAAGACCAUGGAAAGGAUGGUCCUGCACCGCCUACAGUGGACCACAGGGCCACUCCAUCCUGCAGUUCAUGCCUACACCAAAGGCACGGGCACCGCAGAAUGUCUUGCGACUCUCCUGGCCGCGACUGGACAGGGGAAAAGCACGGCUGUCUUUCUCGACCUUGAGAAGGCAUUUGAACUGGCAGACGAGUCCGUUAUCCUUGCUCUCCUAGCGGCAAAGGGUGUUAAGGGCCACCUACUGCGCUGGAUCCAAGACUAUCUCUCCGACAGAAAAGCCUCAGUCCGUUUUCAAGGCAAAACAGACUGCAAGAUAAUUACCUAUGCUGACGACAUCACCCUCAUCUGCACCGGUCCCAAUCAUCGUUCACAGAGCCAGCGCUGCCUUACUCUUCUCGAUGUCAAGUGUCGUGAGCUUGGUCUCAAGCUCAACUUAAACAAAUCAAAGGCCAUGGCAUUCGGAGGAGCAAUCCCUGAUGCCCCUCUUACCACUGGAAUCGCGCAGGUGGGUUGGGUCGAGAGCCACCAAUACCUCGGCGUGUGGAUAGACAGGCACCUCACCCUCCGAAAACAGGUGGAAACACUCAAAGACAGGAUGCUCUCCAGAACCAACAUCCUGAAGGCCAUCGCCAGUAACGCCUGUGGAGCCAGCUUCCGGGUGAAGCGCUCCUUCCCAGCCCUCAUUGAAACACUCGAUAAGGCACAGAAUCAGGCUCUCAGGGUCAUUCUGUCUGCCCCACGCUGGACCAAAGUUCUCAAUCUGCGGAUGGAAGCCCAGCUGGUGGCAAUCAAGCACCGAAUCCCCCAGCUUUCUGCCACCCUCAUCGGCAAAAUGGCUGCUUCUGCACGUCCCUACAUCGCUCCAGGAAAGGUCUUCUCCACUCUCGGACAAGACCCUCACCUCUUCCGUCACACAUGGGCCAGGGGCUCAGCAGCAGCUGUGACAUCAUGUGGAGUUGCAGACACCAUCAGAGAUAAAGGGCAAGACAGCCCCCACCCGGACUAUACACCAGCGCCUCCAUGGAGUCCCCCUUUAACCAUCUCAAGUGACUGGCUUUCCUUACCGAAGUCGUCCCUUCACCCUGCUGCCCUUAAGGCGGAGGCUCUCGGCCACCUAACACCUCUAACACACACACACGACACCAUCAUAUACACGGAUGGCUCUGUAGAUCAGGCCUCGGGAGCUGCGGGAGCGGCCCUCGUCACCGAAGGCACUACACUCCAGUGGCGUCUCUCUAGUGGCGCCUCCUCGACCCAAGCGGAACUCGCAGCCAUCAAAGGAGCCCUCCAACACCUACACACCACCACGGCACACAGCGCCCUUAUCGCCACGGACUCCAUGGCUGCCCUGCAAGCACUCCGUAACCCGUGGCCACAAGACAACGUGCGGCUGCUCACGAGCAUCCAUCACCUCGCCACGACCCUGUGUGGGAGGGCAAGGAGGAUCACUCUCACAUGGAUUCCGGGCCAUGCGGGUAUACGUGGGAAUGAUCUUGCUGAUGCUGCAGCUAAAGCCGCCACCACCAUCGCAGACCCGGAAAUCACUAUCUCACCCAGCAUGGCACAAGUCAAACGCACAAUCAGAGCCAACACAUUACGUCUCCAUAAAACACUCACGAAGAAGAAGCCGCCCGGGGCUCACCCUCUGCAAUCUGGUACGCCAGAGCCACUGAUUAUAAACCAACAGCACUUCCACCACACACAUCCUAAAGUCAGGGCUGAUGUUCACAGACUUCGCCUUGGCUACCCUUGCCUAUCAGCCCUGCAAGGACAGGUUCCACUCGCCUGCCAACACUGCGAAGCCCGAACAUCACACCCACUUCUCCACUACCUGCUUGAAUGCCCUGCCACUCUAUGUCUCAGAACACCAAGUCACCAAUACCCGGACAUUGAAGAUGAUGAUGCGGAGGAAGCUGCAGCACUCCUUGUUGCAGCAACACCGGCAAACAUUCUGGCCAAUGUGGUCGCAGAUGCUCCACCACCUUAA